ACAGGUGUGUCUAAUCACAUUGAUUCAUUAAUUAAGGCCUUGAGUACCUGAAUGAAACUAGGUGUUUAAUGUGAUAAGUAAAACCUGUGUUUAGAUCAUGUCAAAAUGGAAACAAACAACUGCUAUUAUUGCUAUAGGAAUACACAUUUUUUUUCUUUAAUUCUGGAAUUUUAGGUAGACAUGCUUAUAUUUUAUUUUGUUUUCAGUCCAUAAAGACAUUUGUCUUUAAUAUUUAAUGUUAUCGUGAUAAUUAUCAAUAUCUGCUGAAAAACUAAUCAUGAUAACUUUGAUAUGAGUAAUAUCUCAGUGAAGAAGAACAAUCACACCUUCAUCCUUUGCAGACUUUGAGGAACAUAUACUGUAGAUGUUCUCCUUUACGAAACCCCUUUAGUAAGAUAAUGGAGUGACUUUUGCCUCUUUCUUUGGAGACUUUUGUUUUUUUUCGGGCCGUGCACCUCAGCAGCAACAGCCGUGCUGCCUGUCGCAUCGCCUCCCUUUGCUGAGCUGCAUGGCAACGGGAGGAGGAGCAGGAGCAGGAGGAGGAUGAUGCUCGGGAUGAAGGAGGGAGGGAACCACGGUCCCACGUGUCCUCCUCACCGCAGACCCAACGCUUCUCUCUUCGCUUUUUUUCCCCCUUCCCUCAGUUUCCGCAUACCGCAGAUUCCCAUAUAGGCUACACAUUCACACACACACAGCUACAGGCUCGCUCAUACGCACCGGCGCAGCCUUGCGCAGCUGUGCGUCCGCGGUGCGCGCUCUCAGUCUCCCGUUCCUCCCUGUUUUCUCUUUACUGAUUCACAUCCACGGGCCUGUAUCGAUCAUCUCCGCCUCAGGCCGAGCCACUGGUUCAUUUUUUUUCUCCAUUAUUCUGAAAUGCAAAUCCAGAUUAUGCGUAGUGUUGGCCGUAGCUGAAAGAGAAGCAGAAAGAGAGAUGAGGAGAGGACGCGCAUCAUCAGAUGUUUAGCUGAUUCACUUUGGAUCCUCGCCAUCGUUGCUGCAGGUUGUUGGUCUUUCCCCGCGUCUCUCUCCAUCGGCUGGUGUUCGUGACAUCUUGAGGCUCCCCUCGAUGCUGUGAUCCGCGGGAAUAUGUGAGGAUCAUGCUGGCGGUGUGGUGCUUCUUGGUCUUUGCUGCAGUGGGCGAGAGGCUUGCAGUCUCAGGUACAGACAGGAGCCAGGUCGAGGAUGGAGGCAUGUGGAAUUGGUUCAUCCCACCGGGGCAGUCAGACAGCGGGGACACUGCUGCGACUGAGGUCACCCACCCGAAGCGGCUGGUGCAGCAGGUCACGUCGGAAGAGGAAAUGGCUCAUCACUACUUGGAUACCAGGGUGAAGAACGGCACUGGAGACACACUGUCCGUCCACUUGGCCCAGGUCUGUUUUCAAGUCGAAGCCUUCGGACACACCUUCACGCUGGACCUGGAGUUAAACCACCACCUCCUGUCUUCAGAUUACGUGGAGCGGCACUUCAACCAGGACGGCAGACCCUCGGAGUCCCUGGGAGGGGAGCACUGCUACUACCAGGGGAGGUUAAGAGGUUUACCUGAGUCCUGGGCUGCUGUCUCCACCUGCCACGGACUAUGUGGCAUGUUCUCUGAUGGCUUCUUCUCUUAUGGGAUUGAGCCCAUUCACAAUGGGACCAAUCAGGGUGAAGACACUCACUUAAUCCACAGGAUGCCUGAUGUCAGAUUCUCCCCCCAGUGCACAGACUGUAUAGAGGACAGUGAGUGGGAAAGCAGAGGAGGUGAUGGUGACGACGGUGACGACGGCGACGACAGAUCGGACCACUUGAGGGAGCAGCGGGUGUCUGGAGGUCUGAGGAGAUCCAAGAGAUUCGUUCGUAAGCCCUCUGUCCAGACUGAGACCAAAUAUAUUGAGCUGAUGGUGAUCAACGACAACGAAAUGUUUGUACAGCUGCGUAGCGCGAGCAGCCAAACCAAGAACUUUGCCAAAGCAGUGGUCAACAUGGCCGAUGCGAUCUACAAGGAACAGCUGAACACGAGGAUCGUGCUGGUCGCCAUGGAGACGUGGACCUCUAAAAAUAUGAUGCCGGUGGUUGAAGACCCACUGAUAACACUGCAGAACUUUAUGAAGUACAGGAAGGACAACAUCAAAGAGCAGAGCGAUGUUGUCCAUCUUUUCUCAGGGCGUACAUUUCACAAUAGCCGCAGUGGGACAGCGUACACAGGAGGAGUGUGCUCACCAACCAGAGGCGGAGGAAUCAAUGAGUAUGGUAACGUCGGCGUCAUGGCCAUCACUUUGUGCCAGAGUCUCGGUCAGAACAUCGGGAUGCGGUGGAACAACGUCCGUAACUCUGCAGGAGACUGCAGGUGUCCGGAUGCCUGGCUCGGCUGCAUCAUGGAAGACACGGGAUACUAUCUGCCCAGAAAGUUUUCUCGCUGCAGUGUUGAUGAGUACAUCCAGUUCUUGCUCCAGGGGGGAGGCAGCUGUCUUUUCAACAAGCCUAACAAGCUGUUGGAUCCUCCAGAGUGUGGAAAUGGCUUUGUAGAGCCAGGGGAAGAGUGUGAUUGUGGAUCCCAGGUGGAGUGUGCCCGUAGUGGAGGAGCCUGCUGUAAAAAAUGCACACUUACCCAUGACGCCAUGUGCAGUAAUGGACUCUGCUGCAGGGGCUGCAAGUAUGAGCAGAGAGGUGUGGUGUGUCGAGACGCCGUGAACGACUGUGAUAUUUCUGAAACAUGCACUGGAGACUCCAGCCAGUGUCCACACAAUGUCCACAAGCUGGACGGCUACACGUGUGAUAACAGUCAGGGACGAUGUUAUGGUGGACGGUGCAGGACUCAUGAUGGACAGUGUAAAGGACUCUGGGGCUAUAAUUCAGCUGACAGGUUUUGCUAUGAGAAGCUAAACGCUGAAGGGACAGAAAAAGGAAACUGUGGCCCAGGUCCAGAAGGCCAGGGCUGGCUGCAGUGCAACAAGCCGGACGUACUGUGUGGCUUCUUGUUCUGUGCCAACGUGACAAUGAAGCCAAAGUUCGGAGACCUGCAGGGUGAGGUGACCAGCUUCACCCUCUACCAUCAGAACAAGUACCUGGACUGCAGAGGCGGACACGCUCUGCUGGAGGACGGCUCUGACCUGGGCUACGUGGAGGACGGCACCCCCUGUGGUCCCAACAUGAUGUGUUUGGAACGACGCUGCCUCCCAGUGGCGGCGUUCAACCUCAGCAUCUGUCCAGGAUCCAACUUUGGGCGCAUCUGCUCUGACCACGGGACGUGCAGUAACGAGGUGAAGUGUAUCUGUGAUAGAGACUACACAGGGAAGGACUGCAGCGUCUUUGAUCCCAUCCCUGUCCCUACAGUCCCGACGGGCCCAGAGAAGAAAGGAACAUUCGAAGAGGAAGAUCUGGUGGCGGAUAAGACAUCUGUCCGUGUUUCUGUCUCUAUUGUCCUGUCUCCUCUCGUCUUCCUCCUCACACUGUGUCCAUUUCCACAUCAGAGAAGAGGGGAACACAAAAAAAUAAGAAUAAGAAACGUCUUCCACUCCUGCCCCAAAAUCUCACCAAACCUGCCCUCUGAUUAUGAUGAUUCCUCCACACUCCCCGUCUGCUCCUUCUCGUCCGUCCAUCCGUCCUCCGAUCCGGGCUCAGCCCUUUGUGGAGCUCCUGUCACCUCUCAGCAGAAUCAUGCUUGGGUGGCUGAUGCCCAAGAUUGUGUCCGGGCCACACCUAAAGUGAGCAGGUGGUUGUCACGACGGGGGUUUCCUCUUCCAGAAUGUGCUUCUGUGUCUGUUUACUUCCUUACCCUGCACACGUUGGACAGCACGAUAAAAGAACAUAUCAAUGGUGGAACCAAUGUGACAUGGAGACUUGUCUUUCUCUUACCUGGCCACCACGAGAGCACAGACUGAAAUCAUGAAACAAGAGCUGAAAAGUUUCCUCUUUUUUGUUUUGUUUUUUCUCUUAAAAGGAAAAAGGACUGGAAGCACAUUUCCUCCGAGGCCAGGCCUCGACGUGGUGCCCAGGCCUCGACGUGGUGCACCUCACAGUGAACAAUGUUCUGUUUUUAUCUGGCGACAUGGACAUAACUGAAAAAGACAUCCGAAAAAAAUGGACGGUUGUUCGCAUGUUUUUCCCCAAAGACAAACUGACGAAUAACGAAAACGUUUGUGCAAGAUUAAUACGUCCAUUUGUUACUUGUGCUUAAUUCAAGGCAUCCUAACACAUGCACACACAAGAUUUCAGGUUAAAAAAAAAAAAAGGAAAAAAAGAGGAAGAUGGGUGUUUUAUUUUUUGGUUUUUGGGAUCAUUUUCAAUCACUGAACUUUGAAAGCAGCAGAGACCGCAAACUUAGUGUUUCCUACCACAGACUGACCAACAUACAUUCCACAAUACCCGUCUGUGUGUGUGUGUGUGUGUGUGUGUGCGUGCGUGUGUGUGAUCACCACUUUCAGGCCCAAACUUUGUACGCUUAGGAGGUUUUAAUGUGUGCGUGUGUUUGUAUUGUUGCACAGGUGAAUGUACGGGUGUGAGUUCAUUUUUAAACAAGGGAAGAAUGUACAUGUUUACAUUAGUGUUAGGGGCAACUGUGUCCAUGUACACCUUAACACUGGUCCUGUCACUGGUACAAUGGGGCAGGUUUUUACCUCUAGAAGAAGAAUCACUUCUUUCCGUGUGCUGCAGCCAUGGCACCACACAAGCAGCACAUCAAUAAAAGAAUCCCAACUGUUUUUACGUCACGUACCAACAGAAGACGAGCACUAGCCAACUUGUACGCACACAACGAUUUGUAAAUAAGUGCAAGAUAAGCUGAAUGUUGACGCACUGUUUGAAGAUUUAUUUAAAUGCUAUGUUAGGAUUUUAUGUUCCAGCAAACGUACCGGUCUCUCGACUCGACCCGCAUCUGCAAAUCUCUACUGUAAUCAAUGCAUUUUUUUAUAGGACAGUGUCACAGCUAAGCUGGCUGUCAUGUUCUCUCUUGUAUCAUUCCAGCUGUCACUGAAAUGUCACAUGACUUCCUCUGUACAUUUGUUGAUAGCCCCGAUGCCGCGGGCGAACGCCACAGCCCAGAGACUUUGUAAUGAAACCUCCACUGUAGAUGAGAUUAAAGAGAUCUUGAUUAAGUGUC